UCCAUUAGUCUUUUAGUCUCCCUAAAGUAGAUUUCUUUCCCUUUCCCCUCUCUCUCCGUAUCUACUAGAACUAGUAGUACUAUAUAUUUAUUUACUCUUUCCACCCAUUUUGUACGUCGGAUUCUAUAGACAAAAUAUAACACCCAUUUUUGUAGCAGUGCUGAGGAAGAGAAUGGAAGUGGAAAAUAUGGCUGGUGACUAUUCUUUAAGUGAUGCCCAAGAAUUGCAUGUUCUAGCCGUCGAUGAUAGUCAUGUGGAUAGGAAAGUUAUUGAGCGAUUGCUGAAAAUCUCUUGCUGUAAAGUGACAGCAGUUGAGAGUGGAAGGAUGGCUUUGCAAUAUUUGGGUUUGGAUGGAGAGAAAAGUUCUCUGGGAAUUGAUGAAUUGAAGGUGAAUCUGAUAAUGACUGACUAUUCUAUGCCUGGAAUGACAGGAUAUGAACUUCUCAAGAAGAUCAAGGGAUCUUCGGCGUUGAGCAAAAUUCCUGUUGUGAUUAUGUCAUCAGAAAAGAUUUUAGCUCGUAUUGAUAGAUGUUUGGAGGAAGGGGCCAAAGAGUUUCUCCAGAAACCUGUCAAGCUUUCCGAUGUUAAACGACUGAAAGAUUUCAUUUUGAGAGGGGAGAAUGAUAACAAGGAAACAGAGCAAAUGAAAGAAGGGAGUUGUUCCAGAAAGAGAAAAAUUCAAGACUGUUCAUUGUCAUUGACACAAACUCAUGAUAUACCCUCAUCACCAAAAUGUUCAUCAGCUCCAUUAUUGCAACAGUCUCUGUUGAAGCACCCAAAGAUUGCAUAACACUGAUUCCUAUUUUUGCUUUCUGAUUUAGCUACGAUAGUCGGCCUUGACACACUAUGUAUAAGGUCAUUUUUGUUUGUAUUACAACAUAAUUUUGUACAUCCUUUAGCUUAUUACUAUCUUACUAAUGAGUGCAAUUAUACAAUUAAGCUACCUUUGCACUUGU